UGGUUCGAACCGCAGCUUUUUGUCGAAUGUCGUUCUCUCGAUAUUCGCCUUUUUCGCGAGCAGGCCUGCAUGCCAGUUUCGCAUUUCACGCCUGGAUAGAACAAUUCGACACAGCGUGAACUGUCUUCCUUGGGUCUCUAUCGUCCGUGUCGAAUUGCGAUUCGCACAAGAAAUUCUUUUGAAUCACUUCCAAGAGUGACGUCAGUGGCAAGACACAACCCGCCUCGUCAUUUUCUUGUCUGCCCUGCGCUGCCCAUUCUGAGUGCUCGAGACGGCAGAUUCACUGCUCUUGUGGCAAAGUAGGUUUCUUUAUCGCUUGUUCCUCCGUCUAUACUCACACCUCGGUAGGAUUCUCCCCUGUGCGUCUCUCUUCUGUCUCCCAUUUUACGCGUUCAUUUCGAUCCAGAACAUCUGUUCGUCAUCUGCCCGUUUUCCCCUUUUUCGCGUGUUCGUCUGCGUUCUGUUCGUUGACCAAGGUCCGCGGCUGGAGAUAUAGCCAGGAUUCUACAUCAUUGGUUUCUUCUUCCAUCCGCUUCGCCUGUCUGCUUCUCUGCUGUCGAGCAUCCGACUGAAUCUUGUCUCAAUCGCGCCCGUAUUCCCCGGAAUCGGGGAGGUUACGAGCACCACGGACACUCUCCAAGCGGAGGCGUUUUCAAUUCGUUCUUCCUAGACGUCGCCAUCGCUCCUCCAUGGCGGCCUCGUCUCCUGAGAACUCUGCCGGCGCGGCAGGAACGCAGCGACAGAAAAUGCAGGCCAGCGAUAAACCGCAGAAGGCGAAAGAAAUGGGAAUCAAACGACCACAAAACGGCGCGAAUGCUUCAGAACGAGAAACUAGUCUCCCCGUGUCUCCUUUGUCAUGGACGCGGAGCGCCUGGCACACGCUAGUCGGCUCUCCUGCUGCACAGCUACGACUCUCAGCGUACCGCUAUUUGCAGACUGACGUUGUUGCCUUUGAAACUUGCCUUGCACUCGUCAUUUUCGCCUACUGCAUCCUCGCCGUCCUGGGUUUGAAGGUCGUCAGAGGCCUCACCUUGAGCGGCAGCGGGGGGCGCCGGAGUGGAGGCGGCGGCCGGCGCGCGGUGCUUCUGGGCUCCAGCGGGAGUGGCAAAACGAGUCUUUUUCUGCUUCUUCGAAACGGGAAAGCCACCGAAACGGUUUCUUCGCUGCAGGAGAACAUCGACAUGGUUUCUGUCUUUCCAGCUAAAUCUCAAGACGGCAUGGUGGAGCAGGCGAGUCACCAGGCGCACGAGGCUACCGCGGAUCGCUCUACUGCAAGAAUUGAACUCGUGGAUUUCCCAGGACACUCUCGUUUGCAGGGUCUCUCGAAGCCGUACAUCGAUCAGGCCGGCGCGCUGCUUUUCCUGGUCGAUGCGGCUGAUAAGGCAUCAUUGAAGGUUGCUGCCGAGCAGUUAUACGAGCUGUUUGCCAAUCCGAGUCUCCACCAGCGUCAGACACCUCUUCUCUUGGUGGUCAACAAGACAGAUCUCCCGGACUCCCGGCCACAAGCAUCGGUUGUCGAGGACAUUGAGAGGGAAAUCGAGCGCAGUCGCGCCUCGCGUGCAGCGAUGCUCGAGGGGGAGGACGAUGUGACGAACUUCAUCGGUGUAGAAGGCGAAGCUUUCAAGAUCCUCGAACAUGCUCCCAGCCCCGUGGAGAUUUGCAGCUGCUCGGUGAAGGACGACGAUACUGCAGAAGUUCGAGACUUUCUUUUGCGUCACUUCCCUCCAAAGUAAAAGUGGAGCGAGCUUGCUCUCUUUUGUCACGACUUUAGUUUCCGUUUGCACUCGCCUGUUCUCUUCGCCGCGGACACAAGAAUGCAGUAAUGUACUCUCCCUGCCGAUCCGGACAACUCUCCCUCUUUCUCUCGCGUGCUCUGAACUUGUCAUUUUCGAUGGUCCUCUCUCUCGAAAAACAGCCGCCCCUUUCUGCGCGCCUCUAUGUAGUGGCUGUUCCUCUGUUGUUCCCUUCCUCUUUCCAGAGCUUUAUCCUUUUUCGUCCCUCUUAAAGCCGUUCUCUGUUCAUGUGUCUUCGCCGACGUUUGGUUUUAAGCGGCUCUUCUCUUGGGCUGACACACUUGCCUGGUUUGUAAACGAAAACUGCUUCUGUCGCAGACCAACCUGUCUGCCUAGAGGCAUGGUCACGCAGCUUCGGAGCUGCUGCGUUUACGUCGUUUCUGCAUCUACGUGACGCCUCGCUUCUCUCCAUAUUUCGGACUCCAUUCGCUGUGUGCCACAGUUACCGAUUAAAUGGCAUGUGACCGAAGCCCGCUCUGGAAGCAAUUUUCAGACCCGGU